GGGGCAGCGCGGCUGCGGGAGCCGCCGGGCCGGGCCGGGCCGGGGCUGCGGGCCCCGCGCAGCUUAGUUAUCAUGAAGAUGGAGGACUAUGAAAUAUUCUGUAAGAAGCAUCUUUCCAGACUCCAAGAAGAGGCAAUAAAAAGGGAAACCUCUUUCACUGUUCAGCACAAAAAUAUCUCUCUCAUUCAAUUCCAUGGAGUUCCUGUGCUUUCCCCUCUGCUUAGCCUUGAAAAGAAAAAGGAAGUACAGCAGUACAAACAGAAAGCACUGGACCUAGAGACAUGGAGACAGAACUCCCGGAAAAGAGCUUUAUUGGAACGUGUUCAGGAGAUUCUAGAAAAUGUUCAGCUCAGGAAAGGACCUAGUGUGAGUAAUGUGGACACAGGAGAGGCUGAGAAAACUUGCCCUGAUUCAGAUUCAAAAGCUUCAACUGACUUCACAGCUCUGUCAGAUGCAAAUUUGGUGUGUUCUCCUGAAAGGAAUGGUCCUACAGAGAUUGAAAAGACACCAGAACUGACACCAGCAGAUACUACUGGGCAGUUGAUAUCAAAUGUGACAGAAGUAGUUAAAGCAGCCGAAGAAAAUGUUUUUUCAAAGCAAAGUGAGAGUCUCUUCUCAAAAGAAGUACCUUGCCCAAGGGCUGCAUCUCCUAACAACGUUCAUAAUAAGCUUGCAUCAUCACAUGCUUUGCAAAAGCAAGAGGGACUAGGAGUGCAACUGCCAGAUGAGGAAGUACAAGAUCCAUACAUAAUGAGUCUUCAGAACCUGAUGAAGAAAUCUAGGGAGUGCACAGAGCAAACCAAGCGUAGCUCAAAAAGUAAUUCGAAGAGGAGUAUGAGUGAAAGUCAUUCAGAUAAAGAAAAUGAUGGUGUUAAAACAACUGAUUCUGUCAAAGAAAGAGCAAAGUUUACAGGCAGGAGUUGCUCUGCUCUGACACUUGAUAAACCCAGUCUUAAUAAAACAAACACCCUUCUCCAAGGUGCCUCUACUCACACGAGUAACACCAGUAUUUCAACGUUAUCCAGUUUUUCUAAAGUGGACAUACCUAUGAGAGUUGGAACACCCCCACUGGUGGAUUCAGAUUCGGAUGAAGAAUUGAAAAAGACUUGUCUGUUUGACCAUGACAGUAGCAUUGUCAGGAGCCUCACAGGCUCUUAUGCCAAGUUGCCAAGCCCAGAGCCAAGCAUGAGCCCUAAAAUGCACCGAAGGCGCCCGAGACCUUUAUCAAUGGGACACAUCAUUAUAAAUAACCCUGUGAAUGCUUAUGAGUUAAGUCCUAAAGGCAAAGGUAGAGCCAUGGAUUUAAUCAUGCAAGAUAUUGCUGACAAACAUAAUGUUUCUGAAUCGGUGCCAAAGUUUAUGGUGGACUUCAGUAUGUUUUGCCCUGGCAGAGUUCCUGGUGUCAACAGGAGUUCUUCAGGCCCUUGCCAUGGGCUGGGGGUUGGCAAACCAAAUCAACAUUCCUUUGGGCGCUUGGAGAGCCAAGGAACAUUGUCAGCUACAGUGGAAGGACAGGUAGUGACGGACAGCAGAGGGACAUACAAAGUAGAGAGUAGUACUAAUAUUGUAGCUCCAAAACUGAGUGAGCCAUUUGCCAUCAGUCAGUCUGCAGCAGCACAGAAGCUUCUAGCUGUGAAUGAAACCAAACCGUCUGGUUUGCUAGAAAAUACUACAUGUAAUUCUCUAGUAGAACUCAAUAAAUCUUAUGAUGUGGAAGACCCAUCCCCUUUGUUAAUGCAGAGCAAGAAUAUGCAACAGCAGAUGGACACUCCGAGUGUUUCCCCAGCGAACGAACAGUUUCUGGAAAAUAGUUUUGAAAAGGUAAAACGUAGGCUUGAUUUGGACACCGACAACUGCCAAAAAGAAAACAGUCCCUGUAUUCCAGCAGCUGGAAUGGAAGAACAAGAAAAGCAGUGGUUGCAAGAACAGAAAUAUCCUGUGGGAUCAGUUUACAUUACCAAGAAUGUAGCCCCUGAUAGUAUGGCAAAAGAAGAUAUUUUUAAAACUAAAAUGUUGACCUUUGAAGAAAUGAGGAAGAGACUUGAAGAACAGCAUGCACAACAACUGUCAAUUCUGAUAGCUGAACAAGAGAGAGAACAGGAGAAAUUGCAGAAGGAACUGGAAGAGCAGGAGAGAAAGCUGAAAGGAAAGAAGGUCACUACAAUGGAAAUAGAAAUUUCCAAAGUGAAUAUUAACAGUAGGAUGGAGUUGGAGUGGAGGAAAAAAAGCGAAAGCGGCUUGUUGGGAAGUGUGCAGGCUGAGCUGGAGACAGUCCCUAGUGGAAACUCUACCAGCAUUGGUUUUGCUCACACCACAACACCUAACACCUUUGCUUCAACAAGUGAAACUUCGUUCUUUCUCUGGGGACCAACAGGUAGUGGAGUUAUAAAAACCUCAGUAUCUAGGCCAAGUAACAGGAUCAAACCUAGGUGGACUCAGGUUUUCAGUCCAGAGAUCCAAAUGAAGUUUGAUAAGAUCACUGCUGUGGCAAAGGGGUUUCUCACUCGUAGACUCCUGCAGACAGAAAAACUGAAACAUCUGAAGCAAACUGUAAAAGAUACCAUGGAGUUCAUUAAAAAUUUUCAGUCUGAAGCCCCACUAAAGAGAGGAAAUGUUUCAGCACAAGAUGUAUCCCUUCAUGAACGAGUAAUGGCUCAGCUGCGAGCUGCCCUCUAUGACAUCCAUGACAUUUUUUUUGCCAUGGAAGCAUCAGAAAGAAUGAACAUUCUGCGUCACGACCGUGAAGUUCGUAAAGAGAAGAUGCUCAGGCAAAUGGAUAAAGUAAAGAGCCCAAGAGAGAAAGUGACACUUUCAACAGCUACGCAGAAAUCUCUGGACAGGAAGAAGUACAUGAAGGCUUCAGAAAUGGGAAUGCCAAGUAAAAAAACAGUCAUAAAACAAAAAACUCCUGAAAGCCGCAUUCUUCAGCCAAACCAAGGACAGAAUGCCCCAGUUCACAGACUGCUUUGCAGACAAGGAACCCCUAAGACCUCAAUGAAGGGGGUUGAGCAAAAUAGAAAGAAGGCUCCAGAGAGCAGAGUGUCUAACAAGGCUGUUUCAGGAGCAUAUGCAGGAAGAACCCAAAGAAAGAAGCCAAAUGUUGUGACAAUUUAAGAAGACAGCACUCACUGGGAUAAAAUGGCUUUGUUAUAAUGAUGGCAUUCUCAGCACUGAUUGAAAUAUUUCAUCUUCUGUAUGUACAUGUACAUUUGGAAAUGCUACACCUACAAUGACACAUUAAUACAAGCAUAUUGAGGUAAUAAAGGGCUGUGAAGCUCUAAUGCUUGUGGAAAAAUUGCAUGUUAAAACUUAUUAUAUAUUCAUACUACUGUGUACACAUAAGAUUCAUAAUCUUGUGUAUUUAAAGACCACCACAGAACAAAUUUAAGCUAAUGUGUGGCUUUUCACACUCUGCAUUACUUAAAAUUGUCCUUACUGUGUAUACCAUAGAUAAGUUGUGUCUUAAGUAUUUUUAGUUUCAUACCAUAAAGUUAAAGCAGUUAAAUAAGAAAAAACCCAACUUCAUUCAAACAAAACUGAGCUCUUCCAUCAGUGAAUAUGUCAGCAGCCUUUUUGAAUGUACUUUCUGUACAAAUGUGAAUACCUCAAUUUAAAUACUAAUGGCCUCAAUGUUCUGCAUGUCUGCUGAACUGUACAGACAUGGAUCCAGACUAACAUUCCACUGUUCUGGAAGAGCCCUGGGGUUUUUUUUCCUUGCUGUCUAUUGCAUUUUUUUAUAGAAACAACUUUUGACUACGAUGAAAAGAAGCAUGUGUUCUGCAAAAGUUUCAGAAGGCAAGAUUUUAAAUGUUUUACCAUUUCAGAGUUAUAAAUGAUUGUCUAUAAUAAUAUUUCAGAUAGCUUAGGUUUCAUUAAUGACAGUUGCAUUUUUUCUGAGCAGCUUUUCUUUUACUGUGAUCGAACAGGCCCUUGUACUGAAUUCAUGAUUUCUGGGGGAAGGGGAAAUCCCUACCUAAGCCCAACAAACACAUUCUGAUAUUUAUCAAAAUGUAACAUUGAAAGAUCAUGGUAAUAUUUUGCUUUGGUAUUUCUACCUGGUGUUAUCCUUCAGCUUGAGGGGAGCAGAGUUUUGUAACUUUUGGGUUUUGAGGAACUUGGGACAUGAUGCUAACAUUCAAAGCUCAAUAGAGAAAAGCUUGGCCAUGAAAGUCUUUGCAGGGCUUACUGUUUUGCCCUAUCACAGUAAUUGCAGAGAACUGUCUCCCUGAAUGUGAAAUGGGUUAUAUUCCGUUGCUUUCCCCCUGUGGACAUGAUGCAAUGCCCUAACUUCAGAAGCUUUGUAACAUGUUGACACCGGUAAAAAGAGAAAAAAGAUGGACAUUGUGUUAGCAUGAAAGAGGAACGUUAACGUGGGAUGAGAAGCAGCGAUGUUGGCUGGCUGGUGGCAUCACUUGUGGCUUUGGUCUACCACCAGGUCUGUCAUCUGCAGCUAGGGACAUUGUGGUAAGUUAACCCACACUGCAUACUUAGAAAAAAGCAGAAAUGCUACCUAAACACUUUAAAGACUGAUGCUACUUGGUGGCUCUUUACUGUGGGACUCAUUUGAGAGCUUGAGGCGGGGGCUCCCCCGAUGCUGUUAGGGUUUACACCAAGUGGAGGAGCUGCCUCCUUCGCACAAAUACUGCAGUUCUUUACUAUUUCAGAUGAAAUACAGAAAAAGCCCAAGGUAAGCUUCCUUCUCGCCUCAUAGGCACCAAAACUUAUUUCUGGUUCACAACUUUCCAUAGGAGUGGAGAACAGAGAAAAAUUUAGAGGAAAAAUUUACAAGGACAAGAGUAACCUGUGUCACAGGUGACACAAUGUGCUGUUAAUGUAUCAGUACUAAAGAUGGAUGUUUUUAAAGGAUGUUUUAUGUGCUGUAUUUAUUAUUAGCAUAGGCAGUAUGUUGAAGUAAAAAUAGGUUUAGUUUAAGUGUUAGUAAAAAUGAAUGCUUACCUUCUGUUCAGGCCUCACCUCUAAACCUUUCAAUUUAAGCAUGCUUCCACUGUGUCUAAUAAAACACUAGCAGAAAGUGUUUUUUAACUUUCAUGAGGCCUUCGUCUUGACAAGUGCCAGAAUUUGUUCUUUGUAUUUGAUACGUUUUGUAUUUAUACAUAUUUUGGUUUUGUGUGGAGUUGUAAUCUCAUCAUAAAGGUGUAUUUAUUUUUGUACUUUCAUUUCAUUUUCACCAGCCUUGCAUUUUACUUGGCAGCACUGCACAAUAAACGUUAAACCUUUGCAAA